CACAGCCGUUCCAGCCUCACCACCACCACAACGCAACACAGCAAGAACACCCACCCUUCAACUUCUCUCUCUCUCUCUCUCUCUCUCUCUCAAAAAGCCCAAGAAAAUGGCCGGACUCAUCUUCAACGCUUGUCUGAAUUAUCAUGCGGUGGUGGUACUCGCCUUCAGCAUCUUCAUGUUGUUGUCCGAAUCGCCAUCACUGGCAAAUGCAGCUUCGAUUCAGUACAACGUGGUCUCCCUCGGCGCAAAACCCGAUGGCAAGAUGGAUUCCAGCAAGGCCUUCCAGAGCGCAUGGGCGUCCGCGUGCGGGUCCACGAGGGCUGCCACCAUCUAUGUGCCGCAGGGCCGGUUCUUGGUGCGGUCCGCCUCCUUUAACGGGCCAUGCAAGAACUCGGCCAUCACGGUGCGCAUCGACGGCACGCUCGUUGCGCCUUCCGACUACAAAGUGAACGGGAAUGCAGGGAACUGGAUUGUGCUCAGGCACGUGACGGGGGUGUCGGUGAUUGGGGGGACCCUCGACGGGCAAGGCACGGGCCUCUGGGCUUGCAAGCUCUCCGGCAAGAGCUGCCCUAGCGGGGCUACGAACUUAUUAAUCAGCAACUCCCGAAACAUAUUAGUGAGUGGACUCAGCUCCCUUAAUAGCCAGAUGUUCCACAUAGUCAUCAACGGUUGCCAGAAUGUGAAGAUGCAAGGCGUGAAGGUGUCGGCCUCUGGGACCAGCCCCAACACCGACGGCAUUCAUGUCGGUGCCUCCACCGGCGUCACCAUCCUCAACUCCAAGAUCGGAACAGGCGACGACUGCGUCUCUAUCGGCCCCGGCAGCAACAAUCUCCGGAUCGAAAACAUCGCUUGCGGACCGGGACACGGCAUCAGCAUUGGGAGUCUAGGCAAGGAUCAACAAGAGGACGGCGUCCAAAAUGUGACGGUUAAGACGGUCACGUUCACCGGCACGCAAAAUGGAGUGAGGAUCAAGUCGUGGGCAAGGCAGAGCAACAGCUUCGCCAAGAACAUCCUCUUCCAGCACGCCAUCAUGAACAAUGUCCAAAACCCGAUCAUCAUCGAUCAGAAUUACUGCCCCGACUCCGGUUGCCCUAAUCAGGCUUCGGGAGUUAGAGUGAGCGACGUGACGUACCAAGAUAUCCACGGGACAUCGGCAACCACAGUGGCCGUGAAAUUCGACUGCAGCUCAAAGUAUCCGUGCACCGGAAUAAGAAUGCAAGACGUGAAGCUGACUUACCGGAACCAAGUGGCCACAGCAUCUUGUGCCCAUGCUGCUGGCACAGCUUCUGGCUUGGAACAACCUUCCAGUUGCUUGUAGUUGCCCCAAC